UCAACAUGUCUUUUCCGGAAUCUAUAUCUGACAAACUGGAGGCCAUAAAGUCCGAACUUACUGACCUUCGGCGACAGGAUGUAGAUUUAAUGAAGCAGUUAAUUACCAUUAGUGAGACUAUACAAAAGAUGAACAAGUCUAGAUUCCCGCCAGAUAAUCACGUGAUGUCCAGAACCUUCAUUACGAAAAUUAACGGAAAGAAAGGUUACAUAGGUGUAAAUAUUGUCCCACCUGAGGCACUAUCGAGCCCUGAAGCUCCACUUCUUAGGCGCCAGAGCGCCCCCACGUACUCUCCUUAUUACAUGAUGAACACGUCUGUGUCCAGUGUAGAAGAUCUAUAUACAUCGGAUGAUGAUUUCGGAGCGCCAAUAAAUUCCGUCAGUGACGCUGACCAUUUGCCAGAAAAGUCAACCCUUUUAGUUCCCGAAAAACCGUAUCUGUCGGCACGAAGGUUUUCCGAUAUAGUGACAAAAUAUCCAAAUGUUCUUUCCAGCAGAGACAUGACGAACGACUCUGAAUAUGAGGAAAUUCUGUUACGAAAUAUCAAACUAUGGAAAGAAGGUCAGAUAGAAAACGAUUCAGUGUUUGUCUGAAUACGACCGGAGUACAAUUGUUACGAAAAGGUGAAUAGACGACAAAUUCCAACAUAUCUGAGAG